AUAUUCUUCUGGAAACAAUUGUUAAUGGUUAUAUAUACAUGGAAGGAUCCAACUCUUCUCAUCAAAUCACAAGCAUUUGCAAACACAAAACUCUAUUUGUCAAUACAAACUACCUUCCAUUUUUGACAUCAAGUAGAAGUGAAAGAUGAGUGUAGAAAUUUUGGAUGGUGCCACAAUUGUCCAUUUCCUUGAAGAUGAAGAAGCAUUUAAUAGCUCGGUAGGAAAUCGGUUUGCUCGGCUCGACACAAAUAAGGAUGGUCUGCUCUCCUAUGAUGAGAUGUUGAAGGAGCUCAGGAGCUUGAGGGUUUUUGAAACACACUUUGGUAUUGAUGUGGAUUCAGACCCAAAUGAGCUUGCUCGUGUUUAUGAGUCGUUGUUCAUACAGUUCGAUCACAACUUGAAUGGCACGGUUGAUCUGGAAGAAUUCAAGAAAGAAACUAAGCAAAUUAUGCUUGCAAUGGCAGAUGGAAUGGGUUUCAUGCCAAUUCAAAUGGUCUUGGAAGAAGACAGCAUCCUAAAAAUAGCUGUUGAAAGAGAGUCCAGUAAAUUGGCUGCUUAGAUGCUACUAUGAUCAUGCCAAAGAUUUAAGUAAUUCUACAAGUAUUGAAUUUUAACAUUAUUCUGUUAUUCAUGUUACCAUCAAAACACCUUAGUUAUACCGUUUUAUGUUGCGAAUUUCAUAUGUAUGCAUGAACUAAACUAUCUUAAUCUGUCACAAAAGGAAUUGUAUUGUACUUGUGACUGUGAGAAUGAUUGAAAGUUAUGGCUGCAAUAUAUAUAUAAUUUGACAUUUUAC